AAGGUCCAUAUGACCUCCUGAAGGUUACUCUUGUUGUUGUUUCUCGAUGAUAAGGAACGUGUAAAAUUGUUUCGGAGAUGAAAUAAACUCGAAAUCGACUGAUCACGAUUUUCCUGAAGCGGUUGAGCUUUGUGGAAAGAGACUUGGAACUCUUGUUACUCGCAUAUUUUAAAAUCACCUCAUAAAACACUUUUGAAUCGAACAUAUGGAAGACAACAGCGAGGACGUCUCGGAUGACAGGAGCCGCAGGCUCUCUGAAGACAUCGAGUACCUCCACCACGUCGACUUCACCACCGCCUCUGAGUGGGAAGUCUUCAUCGCCAGACUGGAAGAAGUUAUACUUAACUGGAAUCUUCCCAACAGGAAAGUUCACCAUGUCAAAACGAAGGUGAAACCCGUCUGGCUCAGCAACACUGAAAAUAUAUCAUUCGCUGAUGUCAACUUCACCGUAACUCACCACUUUGUUAAAGAAACUGAAAAUGAGCAAGCUGCUCAGGGAGAAAAAAAAUCCCAGUUGCCUCAGGCGCUGGAGGAAAUCAUGAGCUCCGAGUUGGAUUUUCUACCUGUGGAGACGGUGUUUCAGAAUGGAGUUGAAGAUACAAAACCACAUAUAUUGGCACGUUGGUAUGGUCUGAGGGACUUUGUUGUAAUAACACCCAUUAAAAAUGAGCUUUUACAAGAAAGCAAAAUCAAAUUGCUGCUGAGUUCUGUCUGCAUUGCUCUUAGCAAUAAAUUAUGUGAAGUGCCAAUAUUUGUGAGAGCUCUUCAUUUCUGGCAACACUUUUAUUUGGGCAUUUGUGAAGGAAAAGGUAUUCGUGGGGAAUUCGAAAUGGUGCAUCUUGAAAGAAUUCCACUGCAAUGCCGUUACCUCACAGGUCUUUUGGGAAUCUUCAAAUCCAAAAUUGGGGGGACGUUCCUGGGCGAACCUGUCAAUGUAGCAGCAAGAUUUUCUUUCGUUUUAAAUGACUGGUCAAUAUUUGAAUGGACAGCGAAAUCCCCCGAUUUGGAAAUAAACAAUGGGGAUCUCCCUGAAGCAUUGUUGGAUGUACCUUUUGGAUCAUUGUGUGAACCUCUCACCUCAAUGACGUUACAUACAUGUUGGCCUGAAAUCCUCGAAUCCGUAGUCGUAGAUUCUGAAGCAUACAGUGAUUUUGACCCUAUGGAAGCUCCAAUAUGGGCUCUUUCUAUAGUGAAAACAGAAAAUCCUGCGUGCUUACUUACAGAUUACGUUUCUGAGUUUGUCCUCCACUCAACAUCAACAAGCACAACAGAAGAAUUAGUUGGAAGUGAAAUUGGAUUGCGGGAUUCUGGUGAUAUGCUUCAGCCCCUUAGUGUUUUGACAGAAUCUAAAAUACCAUCAUUAUCAAAUAUGCUGACCCAAUAUGCUUCAAGAAAAGUGAGCAUUUCGAGUGAAGGUCCGAUAAGCAUGAAGUUCCUUCUUCCGAUUAUUUAUUAUUUGUUCCCAGAUGCAGAAAACAAUCCUAAGCAUCCUUAUACAUCAGAAGGUGACAUAAAUAAAGGCAACUCACAGAUGAAAACUUGUGCUGUAGACAGUCUCGUUUGGAGACUUGCAGUAGUGUUGGCCCAUGCUCUCUCUUCACUUGGAGGUUUAAAAGCUACUGUAUAUCUUUGGCAUGAAUUCUAUCAAGAACUGCGGUAUCGUUGGAAUACAUCUAACCUUAUCCCAGGGGUUGCACCCGGUUUCCCAGACCCCAAGACAUGUCUACUACAUCAAAAACUUCAGAUGAUCAACUGUUGUAUUGAGAGAAGAAUUAAGCGACAUGAGGAAUUGUUGAGAAGGUCUAAAGAAUCCGACGAGUCGGAAGAUGAGUUUUUUGACUGUGAUGAAUCUGAUCAAGAAAGUGAAACGAAAGGCGGUGGUGACCCAGGGGCAAAAGGCGACUCUACCAGCAGAAGAUCCUCAAAAUCCGUAGAUGCCCCAAGUGGGCGGCUUGCUCAACAUGAAACCCUGAAGCUUUUAAAGACUGGUCAGCCUCUGUACAUACCAAUUACUCAAGGUGCAACACCAAAAACCGAAGAUCAAUCAGAAGAAGAUGCUAAAGUGUUGAUCCAAUUGGGCACCGAUGCUGAAGGUUCUCAGCUGAGAGCAAAACUUAUGAGUGCUUCAUUACUCUCAGACAUGGAGUCAUUCAAAGCUGCAAAUCCAGGCGCUGUGUUCGAGGAUUUUAUCCGUUGGUGUUCACCUAGAGAUUGGAUCGAAGAGGAUGCAGAUGAUGAGUUUGGUCAAAAAAAAGGCCAACUUAGUGCACGAAUGAAGCUACCAGGAAACACAUGGCUUGAAGUCUGGGCAAGUGCUCGGGGCAUCCCGGCAAAUAGGCAGAAGCGGCUAUUUGAUGAAACGACUGAAGGUGAAAAGGCGCUUCAUCUGAUAGAAUCUUGUGACCCUGGUGAUGCCAUUUCAAUGCUGCUUCCAGCUCUUGCACAUGCAGCUAUCAAGAAAAUAUCUGAAGAAUCAGCUGCAAUUCCUUUGCCGACACUGCAGACUGCAGUCCUGCAUGUUACUAAAAAGCUUGAAGUUAUAACCAGACAAGCACCCCAAGACACCAAAAGAUAUCAGGAAUUAACAUGGGAAAUAGGCCAAAUUGAGACUCUUAUAUCACAAGUGCAUUCUCUGGAACACAAAGUUUGUUGUGAAGGAGUCGAUCCAUCGAUUGCAUGGAGCCUUGUAUCUGAACCAGAAGUCACCCUUCCAGGUGGGCCGGCCGCAUUGACUGCUACACGGAUCAAACUACUUUUCAGCCAUGCCUUGAAGAAUAAUGAAGUACCGUCAGAGAGUGGAGAUGCCAAACGAAAUCCUGAAAAGGAAAACAUCCACCAGGGGAUAUUAAAAGAGGCCAACGAGAAGGAGUUCAUACUCAGAACAUUGACUCCCAGACCCACAAAACAGUCGAAACUCUGUCCCCAACGUCUUUUUGCCAAAAUAACCAAGUCUGAUAUCACAAUGGCUUCUCUCUUUUCUCAAGAUACAACUUUUUUCUAAGUUUUAGUACAAUACAAAUGUAUCCUAUUAAAAUAUCUGUUGUUUAUGUGUUGCAUAUUUGCAUAAAAAAAGGUUGUUUCGUUUUAAAAGGUCUAUAUCAUUAGAGUUUAUUAAUGUUAUAGUUAUGUAUUAUAUAAUAAUAAUAAUAAUAUACAAAUAUAUAUUUUAAUGUGCUCAGUAACUCUUUAAUCUCUAUAUCAGUUGUGAACUGUAGCAAUUUAUUUUUACGUCCAUUUUGAAUCACUCUUGCUCCUUUUGAAGAGCACCAAUUCCGUUCAAAAUUUGACAGUACAUUCCUCAGUUUUUAUAGUUUUUAGUAGAAGUAAAUAAAUGGAAGGGGAAAAAAGUUGUAUUUUAUUGAAAAUGUAUUUUUCACAAAAAGCAUUAAUUACAUAUUUAUAAACAUAAUAACGAAAAAAACCAAAUAAAUGCUGAUUACAAGUUUAUUUAUCUCAACUCUGAGCGCUACACAUGAGUACAGAGUUGGGAAAAAAAAGUAAUAUAAAUAAGGACAAAAAAAAUAUAUAUUUCAAAAAUGACUAUGAAUGUUAAUUCAAGUAAAACUAAAACUGCGGCCACUUGGCAGACAAGAGGCGAAAAUGCAGAAAGACAAUACAGUAGAUGUUAGGGAUUAGUAGAAGGUUAGGAAGGGCAGUGGUAAAAGAAACAUUCCCCUCAACAUGUAGAUAUUGUGGCCGAAUUAUUUUACAGAAAAAAAGAAUGUGUCACAAUUCAUCACAAAAGUUUGAGAGAGAGGUCAGAUUGUGAACAGAAGGGAUAAAAAUGGUGGUUUGUGGAUAAUGAGGAUGGGUAAGAAAGGAGAGGUGUCAAUUUAUACAAGGUCUCUGCUACACAUUGGAUACAACCUCAGCCUAAAAGUGUCCAGCUAAAGGUCUUAAGUGCAAAAAAAAAAAAAA